UCUCAUACUUCCCCCAUUCUCACCUUGAUACGUACAUAUUCCAGUGUUCGUUCCUCUCGCUGUUAGUCACUGGACAUGUUUUUGGUCAAACAUGUUGCCGCUUUGUUUUUUUCUCAUUCUCCUCCUCUGUGAGAGCUCAGUUGAACCAACGACAGUCAAUUCGACCAGUAUUCCUCAGACAAAUCCAAAAAUUAUGACAACAAAAGUGGCAAUCUCUUCAGUGCUGCUGGAGGCCACACCAGACUACCCGGUGGUGGCGGGGCAAAAGGUCAGUCUGCACUGCAGAGCAGCGCCCAAGCCAGCCAACGUCACUUGGUCCUGGAGACGCUGGGGUAAUGACUUGCAUGACCAGUCCAGUUCAGAACUGGUCCUGACUGAGCCGGGGCAGAGCGGGGAGUACAGCUGCCACGUUUCCAUCCUCGGUGGUCAGACAAGAGGCAGUAACACCCACACAGUCAUUAUCAUCUCCAUACAAACAACAGUGGGUGAGAGAUUAGGAAUAGUGGCCUUCAUCCUCUCCAUUGUGACCUUUAUCAUCACCCUCGGUAUACUCUUCUGGAUGUUCUGGAAAAGGUUUGACCAGAAAGACACCUCCUCCAGUCCUGCGGCCAAAAGUUUCACUGGACCUGGGACUACAACAAAGGGAGGUUUGCCUGACAUGGGCAUCGAGAGCGACGUGUACAUGAAUUACACAAACAGCAACCCGGCCUACAGUGACCUGGAUCCCAACAGCAUGGCGGACGACAGCGUGUACUCAAGUCUGUCCUGAACGGCGACGCGACGGCAAGAGGAGGCGUGCAACACAAAGCGGACUUAUGAUCUAAAAAGAGCCAUUUAUUUCACAGUAAAGUUAAGUAACUUCAGACUUUUCUGUUUAAACUGAGACGUCUGGAAUGUAAAGUUUUUUUCUGUGGUCCUGAAAUUGUACACACGUCAAUUCUCCUCAUUGAUGCUGUUUUUAGAUCCAACGGUAUCACAAAUAAAACAUAUUUAAACAUUAAUAAAGACAGCUUUGUGCGUUUCAAAAAGUAGCUUUCUUUUCCAACAUAAAGAAAACACAACAACAACGUUUUGGUACAAAAAACUGAUUCACUAAAUAAAAAAUGUCCAUCAAAAAUCCUUUUUUUAUUUUUUGCUGCUUGAAUAAACUCUCAAUAAAUAUAAAGAACUGUGUAAAAUGUGUGCAGCUAAUAGCACAAGAAUGCAAAGCUUUGGUUGUCUUUGUGAAUCGGUGAAUCACAGGAUUUUCACCAUGACACACAGAUGCAGUGUCACAAUAUCGG